UGGGGGGAGAUCUCACAUUGGGAAUUAGUAAUUGUCACACAAACCAUCGGCAUUCCAGUACCCACUCCUGAUCACAUCGCAUCACUUCCCGUGCCGAGAGGCUCUCUUUGUGCCAAAAAGACAAUUUUUUUUUCUUCCCGCUAAAACGUUGAGAAUAAUUUGUGUCUGUGUGUAUUUACCUAUAUUUCAUUAUCAAUCGCUAUAUUUAGCAGGGAAAAUAGGCGAUCGUGCUUAUCAGUGAAAGGUGUUUAAAAAAGUCGUUAAAUUCUUAGGAAACCCGCGUGGUGGUGAAUGCUUUUGGGUCGCGAUGAUAAUUUACUGAUAAAGUGUGUUUAAAUAUUGAUUAAGAAUUUCAAAACCAUCAUCGAUAUGCUUUUGCUGUAGCACCAAACAGUGUAGACGGGCAACAUUAAACGAAGCAUACAAGAAAAUUAAGGAGAGAGUGAUUAAUUCGUUAGUGCGGGAGUUCUUGCGGAAGGGACAGAGGGAUGAAUGAAAACAGCACCAUUUGGGAGGCUGAAAAUUCCCCAGAAGGGGAAUUCACGCGAUUUUCACGGACCCUCCUAACGCUCGGAGCUGUUUUCACCAUCAUCAUCCUCGUUGUGGGUGUCUUUGGGAAUCUCCUCACGAUUAUCUCACUCAUUAGAUGUCCCAAAGUGCGAAAUAUUGCGGCAUCUUUCAUUAUCAGUUUAUGCCUCGCAGAUUUCAUUUUUUGCAUCUUCGUCUUGCCAUUCAAUGCCAUUAGAUUCAUCCAUGGCUCCUGGCGCCUUGGGGAACUUUUGUGUAAGCUCGUACCAUUCGUACAGUACGGCAGUAUUGGGGUAUCACUGCUUUGCAUUGCCAUGAUCACGGUCAAUCGGUACGUGAUGAUUGUCCAUCAUAGUGCCUACGCGAGAGUCUACCAGAGGCACUGGAUUGUUGCCAUGAUCCUCUUCUGUUGGAUCUUCUCCUACGGCAUGCAGGUGCCAACACUUCUUGGUGUUUGGGGUGCUUUUGGCUAUGACAGCAAUCUCGGCACAUGCUCCAUUCUCAAGGAUCAAUACGGACGGAGUAGUAAGACUCCACUGUUUGUCAUUGCCUUCGUCAUUCCGUGCCUUCUUAUUGUACUGUGCUACACACGAAUCUUCUGGGUGGUUCAUCAGUCAGAGAUGCGAAUGAAGCAGCACGCCUCCGUGGCAAAUGCAGUGCAAAAUAAUCUUAGACCUACCACCGGUGGUAGGCUGUCAGUGGAUGGGAAUGCUUCAGGGCAGGUAUCUGACAGUGGUACCCCACAGCAGCGGGUUAUUCCAUCGACAGCACCCCAACCGGUGCGAAUUAAAAAUCAACGGGACAUUAAGGCCCGCCGAAAUGAAUGGAAGAUCACAAAGAUGGUGCUGGCCAUCUUCAUCUCCUUCAUUGCAUGCUACCUUCCCAUUACGGUGAUUAAGAUAGCAGAUAAAGACGCAGCCCAUCCGGAGGCUCAUGUCUUUGGGUAUGUGAUGCUGUACCUUUCGGCAUGCAUCAAUCCCAUCAUCUAUGUGAUAAUGAACAAGCAAUACCGGCAGGCGUACAAAACAGUCCUGCUGUGCCGCUCCACGGCAAUGCUUACACCAAAGACCCCACGCACGAGUGGUGGCAACAGUGAGAAAUGGAAGGACGCCGCAUUCAGCUACAAUCUCAAUCGUACCCAGGUAUUGGAAGUCUCCAUGGGCGAGUAACGGCCGGUAUACCCCUAACUGCAGCCGCAUCAACGGCAUUGCAGUGGAACUACAGCAAAUAGAGGGACCCAGCAGACAGACAAUACAAUACUUACAAUCACUUCCGCGCGCGCAAUUUUGCAAUCACCCACCAUCAAAUAUGGCACUGAUAUUUUGUUUGUUUUUUUAGUAUAUAAAAAAGGCAUGAGAAGAGAGAGAGGGAGAGAAGAUUAUAGAAUGGACAUGAUUUACAUGCGUGUUUAUUUGAUAUUUAAAUGCGCAGGACAUGCGGACAUCGUGUUUGGGGUACAACGUUCCCAUUGACGACCACCUGAAAGAGCGGUGUAUAUGAGAAUAUAUUUUGUGCUAUGCAUAAGAA